CUCCUGCCCCUACCGCCCCUUAAAGGGAGGUAGCCAGCCCUUAAAGGACCCUCACACCUUGUGCUCAGCAUGCCUUUGGCAGCCCCGUUUCGGAGCCGGGGACCCAGAGAGUGAAAAGCCGAGGAUCCGGCGAGGUGCCCAGGUGCGGGUCUGGGGUUCACCCCCACCCCCCACCCCCUCCUCCACGGCCUCCCAGCGCCUGAAGCGGCAUUUUUAUUCAGGCGACGCUUAAGGGAGCCCCGGCUGCGCCCGGUGCAUUGUGGGAACGGCCGGGAGUCCCGUUUUCAGGAGGAGGAGGAGGGCGAAAAGCGAACCGGUGGACCAGGCAAGAUACCAUCAGACUAGAGGAGGGGGGAAAAAAGACUAAACUGUGAGUGUGUGUGCCUAAGAGCCAUGUCUGUUCGGGAAUCCUUUAACCCAGAAAGUUACGAAUUGGACAAGAGUUUCCGGCUAACCCGUUUCACUGAACUGAAGGGCACAGGCUGCAAGGUACCACAAGAUGUCCUACAGAAAUUGCUGGAAUCCUUACAAGAGAAUCACUUCCAGGAAGAUGAACAGUUUUUGGGAGCAGUUAUGCCAAGGCUAGGCAUUGGAAUGGACACGUGUGUUAUUCCAUUGAGACAUGGUGGUCUUUCCUUAGUUCAGACUACAGAUUACAUUUAUCCUAUUGUGGAUGAUCCUUACAUGAUGGGCCGAAUAGCCUGUGCCAAUGUUCUAAGUGACCUUUAUGCCAUGGGUGUCACGGAAUGUGACAACAUGUUGAUGCUCCUUGGAAUUAGUAAUAAAAUGACAGACAGGUGGCAUCUUUUUUUCCCCCCUCUUUUAGCUGCUGGACUUAUGCAUACUUUUAACGCACAUGCAGCCACGGACAUCACAGGGUUUGGGAUCUUGGGCCACGCACAGAACCUUGCUAAGCAACAGAGGAAUGAAGUGUCCUUUGUCAUCCACAACCUUCCAGUUUUGGCCAAGAUGGCUGCUGUUAGUAAGGCCUGUGGAAACAUGUUUGGCCUUAUGCAUGGAACCUGCCCAGAGACAUCAGGAGGCCUUCUGAUCUGUUUACCACGUGAGCAGGCAGCUCGAUUCUGCGCAGAGAUUAAGUCCCCAAAAUAUGGGGAAGGUCACCAAGCAUGGAUUAUUGGGAUUGUAGAGAAAGGCAACCGUACAGCCAGAAUUAUAGACAAACCCCGGAUCAUCGAAGUAGCACCACAAGUGGCCACCCAAAAUGUGAAUCCCACGCCUGGUGCCACCUCUUAAUCUAGACAAAAAUAGCUAUUUGGUUUUGUUUUUAAAUAGAUCUAUUCCUUUAUCAUCAUUACAAUUAAAGACUGUAAAAAAAAUCUCAUUGUGUCUACACAUCUGGUGACCUUAGGUCAAUUUGUGAGUGGAUGCAAUUAAUAAAAUAAAAUCCAUUGCCUUUUUUUCCUGUUACAUUAACUGAAGAUGCACCUAAUCUUGAGGCAGCUUCUGAGUUGAGAAUUAUAUUGUUAUCCAAUACUGUUGAUUCAUUUUGAAUCUUUAGACACUUAUCUCUCGCCGCAUAGGCUCUUUUUAAAGGUGCUUUCACGUAGCACAGACAUUACCAGUAGUAGUGUCAUUUAGCAAUUUGUGUCUUCAUUACAUGUAUAUUUAUCAUUAUAAGUCUAAUAAUUUUUUGAUGUCUUGAGUGGUAUUCUGGAAAGGCAGAAUGGGUAGGUGACACAAGGGGUAUACCCAGUAGUAGUAAGAGGGUUGCAUGAUUACUUUCAGUCUUUUAUUUGUAAAGUCUAGUCUUAUGAUCCAAGAGCAUCUCUCCGACCCUGGACUUAGUAGUGCACUCAAUUAAAUAAGGCAAGUGCUUAACUCUGCAUGGAAAGCACUUUGAAGUUGAAGGAGAAAUUUUCAUUUCAUAUUUGUAGACCUUAUAAUAUUUACUGUAAUAUCAAUAAUUGUUUUCUUUAUUAAAAGGGGGGGAAAUUGCUAACUUUUUGCAAUAUAAUUGGAUGUGCUAUAGUGCAGCAAGGAAUUGCCGACCAAAAGGGGAUUAAUGUAUAAUAUUCAUUUACAAUUUAGUAUAUAAUUAACUACACAAAUAAUUUUUAAAUAUAAUCAAUAAUAAAAAGACUGUUCUGUGGA